GCUUCGCCCGCCAUUCAUCGAUAGUUUUUCAUUCAAUUUUUUUUUUGGUUUCUCUAGUUGCUUUUUUUAGUUUGUCAUUUCAUCAACUGUCAGCUAGUCACUCAGUUAUUCGCUCUCGGUUGCAUAGUGUAAUGGAUUUGAUUCCACAGGGUUUGAGUCCGAUACAUAUUGCCUUCGUGUUGUAUUUGUUUAUUUUCGCCUUUCAACUCAAUCAAAUGGGAGCUGAUGAAAAUGCAGUCUGACUGAUGAAAGCACUGGAGAAUUAAUUUGAAACGAAAUCAAGAGCUCCACAAUGGCAUUAAAAUUUUUGUUCCUGAUAACAUCCGUCAUAAUCUGGCUGUGUUCCCUAUCAGUGCCCGACGUUGCCGACUCCUACUCGUUGAGUACGUGUCACCAGUUUCGUUACAUAGAACGUUCCGCCCUUUACGAUUUCGUGACCCAAAGCGAAAUGGUGGAUAGGUGGUUGAGUGUUGUAUCGUUCGUGGCAACCGAUCAGCGACCGAUCGGCGUAGGGAAAACGUACAAAGUUGUUGUCGAUUCAACAGUCGUUCAUUUCAACAUAACCGACCACAUUCCGGGCCGUCACAUCGCCCUGGAAUCGCAAAUAAAUCUUCUCCGACCACGAUUGGAAUUAUGGUUCUGCGUUAAUCGACCAGCCAUCGGUUGUGACGAAACCAAUGUCGAUGAUAAUGCUGCUGGUGGUGGAAUUAGGAGAGCAGCCGAAUCAACUGUGGCAAGCGACCAAAUCCAAACCUACUGCAGAAGUUUCCCCACCAGAAUGACGCCAUUAUUAUCCACGGGAUUACCACCAACACCACCAUCAGCAACAUCAGGGGAAACAACGGAUCAGAACCAACAGACGGGGUGCCGGUGCGGAUCUGAUACCACAAAUGUCAUUAGCGGUGGAACGGAACAUCAUCGCCAUCAUCAUCAACUUCACCAGAAUCAUCAUCAUCACAGCAAUCUGGAGCUGAAGUUUUAUUUCAAGCAUAACUCAUUUUUAUUUCAGGCAACAGAUAAGAAAGCUGGACCAAUAGUCUACCACACGAUUAAACCUACCGAUUCCUCCCCACAUGAGGUGAAAUUGAUGCUCGGUACGCUCUACUCGGACUACCACAAGAUUCAUGUGGAUCAUUGGAGAGACAUCGGAGAUCCCAGCAAAAAAUGUCGAAUCUUCUCAGCAUUUUACGAUCCGCGGCUGGAGAUACUUGAAAACAUACCAAAAGAAGACGGAUUGAUUCCCUACGGUAGUAUUCGAGUUAUCGCUGUCCUUCCCUUGCGAGUUCGUGGAAUCUUUUACUGUGAGUUCAAGCAUUCUCGCUAUCGUAAAUCACGUCAGCGGGCGGAUUUUGUGGAACCAAUCAGCGAACAUAGAGGUCUGAACUUCACAGCGUCAUUCGUCGUGUGUCAACUCUCUUAUAGCAGGAAAGACAAAAAAGUCUUCCUUCCAGGAGAGGUUGGCUUGAGUUACGAUGCGGAACCCAGCAUGAUAAAUGCCACUAGCUUCAUUAGAAUACAUUACCCUAUGAAGGCAGUUAUAAACAAUCCAGUGCCGGAGCAUGGUUUGGCAGUUUGUAUCGGCCCAGUUCACAACAACUAUACCAACGCUUUGAGGAUGGUUGAGUACGUUGAGUACUGGCGCUGGCAGGGAUCUAAUCGGUUUUAUUUCUACAAUCAAUCCGCCACGCCAUCUGUUCACAGAGUUAUGAAUUACUACAGACGAAGGCGGUUGGCAGAAGUGUUCGACUGGAGAAUGGAAGAUUACAAGCACGAAGAGGAGCUCCGUUACGCGGGGAUUUUCGCUGCGAUAAAUGACUGCGUUUAUCGGGCCGCCUUCGUGGGGAAUUUUCGGUUCAUAGCGGUGGUGGAUCUCGAUGAGUUCAUCUUCCAGCUGGAGCAUCCCGAGCGACCGCUUAUCGAGUUCCUGGAACGCAUAGAUGAACAGGAUGUGCACUCGUUCCACUUUCGUACGGUGUUCUUCUACAGCUCUGCGGCAAAUUUAUCCGAGGUACCAGACUGGGCCGUUAAUCAGUAUCUGUACACUCAGGUGCGAACCAAACGGACCCGUCAUCCGAUGGCGAUACACGUGCGGAGCAAGUAUAUCGCCAAAGGGCGCAAGGUCAUCGAGGCGGGGAAUCAUUUCGUUUGGCGGGCUUUACAGGACACCUCCGAAGUGCUCAUCCCCCCCGAAGAAGGCCUGGUGUACCACUACAGGGAUCAGUGCCCCAACUAUGAGUGCGAGGAUCUCAUCCCCGAUAGGCGAGCGCAUCGCAACUGGUGGAUGCUCUGGCAUGCCGUUGACCGUUCCUGCCAAAGAAUCUUUCCCCGCAAAGAAGGGCUUUGUCCUGUGGGCAUUAUAAACGAUUGAAAUCGGAACUUCUGUAUUUUUUCUUGUUUUCUCUGUUAUAUUUAUUUGCUAUUAUUUUGUUUAUGAUUAUAAAUAGAUUUUUGUUUCCCUUA